AUGAGCAUGAAAUGGCUUUUUCAGCCAAGUCGCCAAGUAGCAGAGCAGCCCGAUCAAAAUGUAAAGUUAGCUACACCUGACCAAUUUACUUUUACUUGGAGGGUUAAAGAUUAUCAUGAGAUAGCAGAUCUAUAUCCGACUGGAAGAUGGUUUUAUAGUGAUAGUUUUGCUGAACCAAAUCAAGUUCAGCUAAAAGGUGUUGGAUUAGAUUCAUCGGAAUAUUUAUGGCGAAUGUGCAUGUAUCCGAAUGGAGUUUCUCCAAAUGAUAAUAACUAUUUGGGAUUAUUUUUGAAGGCUAUUCCAACAGAUCAUGAAAGAGAUGGAAAUUCUUCUGGAAGGGAACGAACUUAUGCAUUUGAAGUAUAUCGUUUAGAAUCUCCAACGUCGUUAGGUUCGGCUGUUGCUCCAACUCCUGUUUUAUUGAAAAAUGAAAAAUUUUCGAAGACAAGAUUUGGAUUUGGAUCUGAUCAAGUGUUUGGACGAAGGCAAUUUUUAAAAUUAUCUGAAGUUUAUCCAGAUCCAACAAGCAAAUUUGAUUUAAUAGUGAGAGUUCGUAUCACUAACGAAGAAAAUGCAGCUUUGUUAGCAGCAGCUUUAGAUGUGCCUCACGUAGAAUUCCCUUUAGCUGCUCAAAUUCCUCGAUAUUUUGAUGAUGAACGUUUUUGUGAUGUUGAAUUUACUUUUACAUGUGGGUCAAGGAUUAGAGCACAUCGUAUAAUUUUAGCGUCACAAUCGAAAUAUUUUGAAUCUUUGUUAAGUGGACAAUGGGUUGAAGGCCGGAAUAAAACAAUUCCGAUAAAGGAAAUCGAUUAUGAAAUUUUUAGGUGUGUAAUGUAUUAUCUUUACACAGGAAAAUUAGAAGAGAAUCUGGAAUUGGAUACUUUUAAGGCUGCCUAUAUGAAAGCAGAUAUGCUUGGUUUAGAAGCAUUUGGAAAGUUACUUGCUAUUCGAAUCGCUGAAGAUGUAAAUGCCGAUAAUUGGGAUGAAAUCCUGUUGUUGGGAUGGCAAAUGGGUGACACAUGUCUGAAGUCUGCUUCUUUGGUAUUUUUAACGACAAGGUGGGAUGAACUAAAGAAUACAGAAAACAUGCAACGUGUUGUAGGUUGUGGAAAUAUUGAUUGGAUAGAAGAAAUGAUAGCUGCUAAAAUUUUUGGUGUUCAUGGUAUGCAUGAUUCAAGUCGAAAAUGUCGAAAGUAA